AUGAAACGUGAGAUAAGGAAACUUUAUAAAAGUGGUAAUGAAAAUAAUGAAUUUAAUGAAGAACCACCAAGUAGCGAAGAAGAAAAAGAAGAAGUAGGAGAAAAAGAACAAAGUGACAGAAAUAGUGAUGAUGAUGAUGAUGAAAAAUUGGAUGAUGAAUUAUAUGAUGAAGUUGAGGAUGAUAUUUUAAAUCAACUCUUAAAAUAUACUAGUAGAGAAGAUUUAAGGAAAACAUUAAAAAGAAUUAAAAGAAGUGAAAUAUCGGAUUGGAAUGAUGACGAUGAUGAUGGUGAUGAUGAAAAUAAAAAAGAAGCAGAAUCAUCAUAUGAUGAUGAAAAUGAAUCAGAUUAUGAUCUAUCCUCAUCAACUGGUGAAGAAAUUCCAUUCAUUGAUGAAAUUGAUAAUAAAGAUUUGCAAGAUGAUAUCGAACAAAAUAGGGAUGUCUUGAGACAUUCAUUAGCAAAAUCAAUUAUAAAACCACCAUCAAUAUCACCUCCAACCAUUGAAAAAGAAGAAGGCCAUGAAAAAGCUAACAAUUAUGAUAAUAAAGAAAAUAAAAUUGAAAAAAAAGAAGGAAUUGAAUUAAAAGAUUUUUCAAAAAUUAAAAAAAAAAAAAAAUCAUCAUCGUCAUCAUCAUCAUUAAAAUCAUCAUCGUCAUCAUCAUCAUUAAAAUCAUCAUUAACUGAAAGUUCAAUAAAAUCAAUAUUAAAGAAAUCAACAAAAAAUAUUGAAAAAGCUAAAAGAUAUUUAAUACCACCUAAAUUGUUAAUGGAAAUGGAUGAUAUCGAAUUAAUUAGGGAGGAUAUAUGUGCAGUGGAUAGAUCAUUAGCUGGUUAUUCUAGAACUGGUAUGGCUGUCAUUGGUUUAGGUGUUGGUUUAAUCUCAAAAUUAGGUUUCACAACUUCAACAAUAAUUGUAACAAUAGCUUACUUUUUAUUUGGUCUUGUAUUAAUAGCUGUUGGUUUAACAAGAUGUAGAACUGUUAUAAAAUAUAUUAAAAAAGGUUAUAUGAAACCUUCGAUCUACUCAAUUGUAAUCAUAACAUUAUCAACAUUGAUGGUUAUUGGUUUUUCAUUUUAUGGUGUUGUUUCGUCUAGUUAA